AUGGAUCCUUUAUCAAUCGCUGCAGCAUGUGUUGGUCUCCUAAGUGGGCUCACAACUGUGUCAACCAAGAUUCGGUCUUUGACUAUCGAAGCGAACAAUACCAGUGCCGAAGUGAUCGCUCUUCAAAAAGAACUUGACUUAUUCCAACGCAGUCUAGGAAUGUUCUACGGAAGUGGUAUGGCUGACAGUUAUCCGGAACAUCUUCGCCCUGACCUUGACACCAUCGUUCGUGAAUGCCAGCAUGUGGUGAGGGAGAUUGAUACGCUGCUUGACAAGGUUAGAUCGGCUCAUAUCGCGGAGCGAUUUCAGUGGUCGUUCACUAUUCGGGACGAAGUCGUCCGCUUACACCGCAACCUAGAAGGCCAUAAGUCAGCUAUCACUAUUGCAAUUGCUUUCGCAUCGAUGUCAAUGACCAAUGGCAUCAAGUCUGACACCUCGAGUAUACGAAGUAAGACAGCCCGUAUUCCAGAAAUUCAGAAUCAGCUCGCUCUCUUGAUUUCAGCUAUCCAGUCCUCAGAUGAUGCCAAUCCAUUACGGAGACAACCAUUGAAUCUUGCUAUGGAUGGUACACUCAGACGGGCCGGCAGUGCAACAUCACACGGGACAAGACUGUACAGCAACGAAGAUCCAUUUCAGGAUCAGGAUUCAGUCUUGGACGUACGGGUAGUAGAGCAAGCAGGACUCGAGGUCGUGCGCAACUUCAGUGCUGACGACAAGUACGGGGCUUCAGCGUCGCGUUCCCUCAGUCAAGAAAGUUUUGCAGAACAAAGACGAGAACCAGCAUCUGCGAACACUUCACGCGUUCUUAAGCCUCUGUCCUAUUCUCAAGUCGAACAACAUCUACAGAAGCCAAAUCCUGAAAAUGUGCUGCUCAAGCUUCCAGCAGUGUCGAGAAAGAACUCCGCGCUCUCGAUACCUUUUCUGAAGCCCAGGGUAUUUUCCUCUUCAUCUGAUAGUGUGACGAUACUCAAUCAGAUCUCUCCAGGAGUGACCAAAGAGUGGUUGAAUGCGUUGACAAAUCAACUUCAAGCUGUACGUGUGGUACUCGAUCAUCAUGACAAGGAUAUUCUUGAACGCAGCCGCACCUAUGCACCCCAGAACAACAACGCGAAAACUGUCGACGCUUUUCAAGAAGCCAUGCGACUUCGAGACGAGGGUGAUAUGUUUUCUGCGACAGAAAAGCUGAAAGAUUUAGCUGAGCUGGGCAAUGUUCCUUCACAAAACAUGUAUGCACUGUCUCUCCGUCAUGGUUGGGGUUGUCCAAGAAAUGACACGUUAGCGUUGGCAUACCAUGUUACUGCUGCAGGUCUGUCCAUUAUGCUAGAAACGAGCAUACAAAGAGAAGAGAAAUGGUUCACAACUUCGACAAAAGAUCAACUUCGGUUAGCGUUGUUCGAGAUUGCAAGCUCAAAGCGUUGGGGCUGGGGUUGUGCUAUUGAUGCGAAAGACGCCAAAGCAUUCUAUGCUGCAGCCUCAAAUCUUGAUGAUGUUGACGCGAUGCAGGAAUUAGCUUGGUGUUGCCUGACUGGAUUUGGUGGGAAGAAAGACAAAUUCGUCGCAGCUCAAUACCUGAGACUGGCUGAAAAGAGUGGUUCAAAAGUGAUUGGCAAUACGUGGAUAUGGAAGGAGAAGUACGAUCUCAAGUCGUCCGGCUGA